UCGAUGAUUCGCCAGAUGAGUUACACCGACUGCAAUGGCGGAUUCCUUUCCGACGACUUCUCCGGUGAGAUAUCGGAACUCGAGAGCCCACUGGAAACCAACUCGGCAGCUGCUGCUACUGCCCCUGCUCCGAUUGAUAACCUCACGCUGUUCGUGGGGACGUGGAAUGUGGCCGGGAGGACUCCGGGAGGCCCAGGGAAGCUCCACCUGGGAGAUUGGCUCAUGCCCACGCCUUCUCCGGCCGACAUGUUUGUACUCGGGUUUCAGGAAAUCGUCCGGUUAAGCGCCGGAAACGUGCUGGGGGCGGAGGACACGGGUCCGGCGCGCAAGUGGCUUAGUCUGGUUGACCAGGCACUGAACUCCACCCACGAGCAGGCGCCGGACUCCGCCGCGUAUCGCCUUGCCGCGAGCAAGCAGAUGGUGGGCGUGUUCCUGUGCGUGUGGGUGCGAGCCGGCCUCGCGCCGCUAGUCUCCGACGUCAAGGUUUCCUGCGUGCGGAGGGGCAUCAUGGGCUGCACGGGAAACAAGGGGUCGAUCUCGAUCAGCAUAACGCUCCAGCGGACGACGACGCUCUGCUUCGUUUGCACCCAUCUGGCGUCAGGAGAGAAGGACGGCGACGAGCUCAGGAGAAACCUGGACGUCAUAGAGAUCAUGAAAAGGACGCGAUUUCCUCCUACCAGAGAAAAUUGCUCGCCGGAGACGAUUCUGGAGCACGAUAAGAUCGUAUGGUUGGGAGAUCUCAAUUACAGGUUGGCCGGUGAUACUCGCCAACUGUUGCAGAAGAAUGACUGGCGAGCGUUGCUAGAGAAAGAUCAGCUCCAGAUUGAGAAGAGAGCUGGCCGCGUUUUUUCGGGAUUUGAAGAAGGGCCGAUAGAAUUCAUGCCAACUUACAAAUACCUUACUAAUUCGGAUGUUUACACGAUCAAACCUGCCAAAUCAAGAGGAAAGAGGCGCACUCCGGCUUGGUGCGAUCGUAUCUUGUGGAGAGGGAAGGGGAUGAAGCAAGUGUUGUACGGACGAGGAGAAUCGCAGUUUUCCGACCAUCGCCCGGUUUAUUCCUUCUUUUCGUUGCAGAUGAAUUAUGAACAGCCGGAGGUAGCAGCGGCCGGUGAAUGUAGAGGAAGCAAGGACGGUGUUGGGAAGACGGCUGCUGCCAUGGGCGAUGGUGGUGACAGGAAUUCCAAGAGUAGAAGCUCCUCCUCCUCCUCCUCCUCGUCGUCAUGGACGAGAGUGCAGGCGGAGGAGCUGCUGCUCUGUUCAAGAACAAGAAGCUGACAGAUCUCGUCUGUUACCUCUUUGAAAGCCUAAAUAAACAGAAUGACCACAGCUGCUUCUUUAUCAUCCAAGCAUUCAAACCUUGAUCCUUUGCAGACAACCAACACCUCAUAAUCAAUCAGUGAUAUCAGGAAUCACAACCAGAGAUUCUUUCCAAAGUCUCAUCAUCCACCAAAUUAAGAGAGUUGAACGCUGGCAGAGAAUAGAGAACUUUAUUGGAGGAAGCUGGAGAGUGAUGGCUUCAUUAGAACAUUGCUUCUAAGAAACGGCUCUCUAUUAUAAGAUUAUGAUAGAACAAUCUAGCAAAUUAACAAUAGAAGAAGGGAACAGGGGACUCUUGACAUGGAACCUUUUCCUUUAGCAGAUCAACCUUCCCAACUAGUAUUAGUUCUUCAUGAGUUUUUGAUUCUUGGCAAAGCAUGUUGAUCAUGUCCGGGAGCUCAGCAGACGGGAACGAGGGCAGGAGCGUUGACAGAGAGAGGACUAGGCUCUAUGACCUGAAAAUGUGUGGUAGGCUUUAGGUCUUUGAGCGGAGCAGGGGGAGAUAGUCGAAGAUGGUACCAAGAGAUCGCACAGGAGCAUUAGGAUGAGAACUAAGGAAGGGAUCUCUGGCACAAGCAUUAUGACACUCAAGUCAAUAUGGUGGGCGAGUGAAAAGUGGAGAAGAAGAUAGAUAGUAGAACUGUAAUAGAUGUGUAUGUGCGCGCGUACUUGGCCAAC